AUGGCUAUUGAAAGUACAAAGAAUGGUAAAGAUAACAAUCAUUCUCAGGAAAAUUCUUACGUAAUAAAUGGAGGUAAUGUAGUUACCGCUAAAGAUGAUUUAUACAAAAAUACUUCAAGCAAAGAUUCAAAGGGUACAAACAUGAAGAAAGACCAAGAAGAUAUCAACAGUUUCGACGGGCUUAACGUUUUUCAAAAAUUGAAACGCAUGAUAUCAUUAAUUACAGUUGAACCCAUAUUAGCAUGUUAUGUAAUGCCAUCUGUACUAGCAGCACUAGCAACACAAAAUCUAUAUUUAGAAAAAGCCUGUAGAGUGAACUUAAAGUUUGAUCAUCAUAUAUGCGAUGCUUUAACUAAAAGAGAAACAGCGAAUUACACUUUAGAAGAAGAAGCUGUGCAGACGUUAGUAGCAUCUGUAGCAGGAUGGAAAACCGUAUUGCAAUCAUUUUUACCAUGCGGGGUAUUAAUAUUUCUAGGAGCCUACAGCGAUAGAGUUGGACAAAGAAAGUUUUGUAUGCUUCUGCCAAUUGUCGGUGAAUUUUUGACCAGUAUAGGUCUGAUAAUAAACACGCAUUUCUUUUAUGAAUUGCCUGUUGAAGUUGCUGCUGUCACAGAAGCAAUAUUUCCUGCUCUAACUGGAGGCUGGUUUACUAUGUUCAUGGGAGUUUUUAGUUACAUAGCUGAUGUAACAACAGAGGAGCAACGAACACUACGAAUCGGAAUAGUGAAUCUAUUUUACUCUUUGGGAGUACCAGUUGGUGCAGCGCUCAGUGGAAUUUUAGUGAGAAAAAUAGGAUUAUAUGGUGUAUUUUCUAUAAGUGCUUCGUUAUAUGUCUUGAGCUUCUUUUACGGAUAUUAUAGGAUAAAAGAAGUUAAAAGGACCGAUCUAACUGUGAAACCAAGCAAUAACUGUUGUGAGUGGCUUCGUGAUUUCUUUGACACGCGUUACGUGAAAGAUACAAUGAUGAUAGCGUUUAAACGCGGACCAAACAACCGUCGAUUGAGAGUUAUCAUGUUGGUCAUUGUUCUUUGUGUUGUUAUUGGACCUAUUUAUGGCGAGAUGUCUGUCAUGUACUUGUUUACGAGAUACCGGUUCAACUGGAAUGAAGUGGAUUUUAGUAUGUUUUCUACUUAUGCAAUGUGCACUUCUCUAGUUGGUACACUUUUCUCCGUGGGCGUGUUCAGUCACCUGUUGAAGUUUGAUGAUGCAGUAAUUGGGAUAAUAUCAUGCACUAGCAAGAUUUUAUCCGGUUUCAUGUAUGCUUUUUCUACGAAAACAUGGCAAAUUUAUAUUGCACCGUUAAUUGAAAUAUUCAACGGGACGUCGUUCAUCGCUAUGAGGUCUAUGGUUUCUAAGCUUGUGGAAAAAGACGAGUUGGGUAAAACGAAUUCAUUCUUCGGUGUAGCCGAAGCGAUGAUGCCUUUGGUGUACGCACCUAUGUAUACAACUGUAUAUACAGCUACUAUCAAAACCUUCCCAGGUGCUUUCUUCUUGUUAGGAGGAGGUCUUACUGUACCCGCUGUACUUAUAUUUUUAUGGUUGUACUUGGAUUAUAAAAAGCGUGGUCCUGAACAACCUACAAAGAAAAACGAAACAGCUAAAGAAGAAGAGAAAAAUGGAAUAGACAAUAAAGCUUUUGAGGAAGAAAAAAAUAAAACGAAAACGGAAAAUAAUCAAGGCAUGGAAAACAUAAACCAAUCGCAGAUAGAAAUGGGAUUUACAGAAAGCAUGCUGUGUACAAGUAAACUGUGA